CUGACGAUAAACGGAGAACAUAAAAUGUUUAUUGCGACAGCCCAUGUAGAAAACUAGUUCCAAUAUUGAGUUACACAUAAUUUCGGAUUAUACUGAUAUUUUUAUCAAAAGUAUCCACGACAUUGUCCUGAGGAUGAAUGCGUGAAUUUGACCAAUUUUCUCAUAACAGACAUCUGUCCGGCAUAUUAACGUAUGACGUAUAACAUCCCCGUAACGUCACGUUUUUUUAAAUUAGUAUCAGUUAAUACGAACUGUCGGCCUUGCCCAAACACAUGUGACUUUAACUGAGCCUUAUAAUUGUUAAUAUUACUUUUCCAUCUAUCCUUCUGUUCCACUGGUAUGAGACGCUCGUAAUGGCUAUUAAAAGAGAAAUCAGUCAACCAGCCAAUCAAACGUGGAUCUAAAAAGGUAAUAAAACUCGAAUCCAAUUAUCCGAAUAAUUGAAAUCCUCCACUUAUUUCCACGACAAAAAUCGACGUACUGAAAAUAUGUUUGAAAAACUAUAACUUUUUUUACAAUACAUUAAAAUCAACAUUUAAAAGUAAUUAAUGAAAAUGUUAUAACUAUGAAUGUUGAUAAUAAUUUAAUAAUAACAAGAAUAGUGUUAAAAAUAAUUAUAGCGUUUAGUGUAGUCGAUGGUUUGAAAGUCGCUGAGAAGAAUAAAGAUGUGGGGAAGACAAAAGAUAAAGCUAACGUGGAGCCAGUUUUAUAUAAACAAUCUGACAGUGAUGAUGAUCUCAACUUCAGUGACCAAUCCAAGUAUUUGGACAUUGAGUUAGAAGACCCUAUACGAUCAUAUCAUAAGAAUCACAAAGAUAGCAAGGAAAAUAUAAAAGCAAUUUUAGAAGAAAAUUAUAAAUUUGUUAAUGAUGGUACUUCAACUAGGUAUAAGGUGUAUGGAGAUGAUAGAACCUAUUCAGUUUUUCCAAAAAUUCAAGAGGACAAGAACAUAGCCUGGGCUUUCCGCUCAUACGCUGUGAGGAGGAUAGUCGGAGGGAUGGAGACCAGCAUCAGUAUGUACCCCUAUAACGUAGCAAUAUCAAGGAAUGGCAAACAUUGGUGUGGCGGGUCGAUUAUAGAUGAGCAGUGGGUGCUUACCGCUGGACAUUGUUUGGAGUCUGCUGCCGAUGGUAAUAAAAAGAAGCUAACGCCGUUCAUUAUCAGAGCUGGCAGUUCAUUCCACAACAGAGGAGGAUAUCAAGCUCGGGUGAAUAAGGUAUUCUUCCCCAACCAAUAUUCUCCAGGAAACGCGGACUUCGACUUCUCCCUGCUCCGCCUGGACCGCCCGAUGCCUAUCGGCCGGAACAUAGCGGUGCUCAAUCUGCCAUCGAAAGAUUACGUCAUCAAGGAAAACGAUAUACUGAUCGUUACCGGCUGGGGCAGCACAGAUGAAUCGGGUUACGGUCACAUUCCGGACCGUGUCCGGUUCGUUCCCGUACCGGUGAUGAGGCAUACGGACUGCCAGAAGUCCUACAGGUUCUAUAUAACGCCCAGGAUGCUGUGUGCUGGAUACGCCACGGGAGGGAAAGACGCGUGCAAUCACGACUCCGGCGGCCCAGCAGUGAGAGACGGUGUUCUCCUCGGCAUCGUCUCAUUUGGUGGCAAGCAAUGUGGCGACCCUCGGUCCCCUGGCGUCUACAGCCGAGUGUCGGAGAUCACGGAGUGGGUAGAGGAGACUAUCACGUCCAACGAAGCUUAUAAUGUGCCUGAGUUACUGCCGAAAAUCAAACGUGCGCGGCAGAGGGAAAUCGAAUUGCAGAAAUUCAAAGCAAGAGUUGAAGAUAAGAAAAACAAAAUCAAAAAUUGGCUACGCGAGACUCUAAAAUCACCAUCCUUCAUAACGCUAGCCAAGAAGAAACUUCGAGAAGCCGGUUUCUCAACAAGGCGCUUGUACAGGCCCGAGGAAUCUAACUCUAGCACUUUAGAUGAAUCUACAAUGGACGAGAUAAAUUUAGCCAAUCAGAUUCACGAAAGAAUUCUAGAUAUUGAUGAUAAUGAGUCUGAAAAAUUGUUAAGGACUUUGGCGCUUCAAGAGGUUAUGUUGGCUGAAAGCAAGGAGAUUGAGGACAAUCCCAAUGCCAGUUUUGAAUCGUUCAUCAGUUACAUUGCUAAUGGGUGAAAUAAAGUUAAAGGUCUGUUUUUAUUUCAAACACAUAUAUUAAAGAGAUUUUUAAAGAGGCUUUUAUCAGAGGCUGUUUCUUUGUGAA